AUGCGCGGUGGACCUGCGGCGCGGCCCGUCAGGCACUGCGGUAGGCGCCCCAGGGGCUUGCAGGACCCUGACCCCAAGAUGGCGGCGCCCAGCGAAGUGGCCGCGGUAGCUCCUGGCGAAGGCGAUGGCGGAGGCGGCGGCUUUGGCUCCUGGCUGGACGGACGGUUGGAGGCACUGGGAGUGGACCGAGCCGUUUAUGGAGCCUACAUCUUGGGUGUCCUGCAGGAGGAGGAGGAAGAAGAGAAGCUGGAUGCCCUGCAGGGGAUCCUCUCUGCUUUCCUGGAAGAAGAUUCCCUCCUUAAUAUCUGCAAGGAGAUUGUGGAACGAUGGUCAGAAACUCAGAAUGUUGUCACCAAAGUGAAAAAAGAAGAUGAAGUACAGGCCAUUGCCACCCUAAUUGAGAAGCAGGCCCAAAUUGUAGUAAAGCCAAGGAUGGUGUCAGAAGAGGAGAAGCAGAGAAAAGCUGCCCUCCUGGCCCAGUAUGCUGAUGUGACAGAUGAAGAGGAUGAAGCAGAUGAGAAGGAUGAUUCAGGUGCUACCACAAUGAACAUUGGUUCUGACAAAUUUCUGUUCCGAAACACCAAUGUGGAAGAUGUCCUUAAUGCCCGAAAACUGGAGCGAGACUCACUUCGGGAUGAAUCCCAAAGGAAGAAGGAACAGGACAAGCUGCAGAGGGAGAGAGACAAACUAGCCAAGCAGGAGCGCAAGGAAAAGGAAAAGAAAAGGACACAGAGAGGGGAGCGAAAGCGAUAACCUUGGCCUACUCUAUUCUUUCCCCCCAUGAACUUAUCAAAGGGAGAACUGGUUGUAUAUUUAAGAGAAAUGAGAGUGCAUUGCAAAGUAGUUUCCCAAGGCAUUUCCCCUAUUGUUUACAUGGUCAAAAGGAAAAUCACGAUCACUUCUAAUUACAAAAUGUGCUAUGUUUUGGUGGGUGGGCAAUCAGAUUAUUAUAGUUGAUGACUGUACCAAAGAUCUGGAAUGGGGGCCACCUUUAUAUUUUAAUACUGAAGUCCUGUGCUCCUUUUGGCCACUUUAAAGUCUUCCUUCACCUUGGAUAAAUAGGAGCAUUCAGAAAGCUAACAGUUUUCAUUCUGAAGGAGCAGAAACAUAAUCAAUCCCUCCCUGAGAUAAAAUGUGGGCAUGCACAUUGCUUUGGAGGCAGUAUUCAGCUGUAAGUGUAGUAUUGUUUUAUGGCUGAAAUAGAAACCUAAUGAAGAGCACUACUUGGAUCCAGAUUUUAUGUUAACAUGGCAGCAAAACUAGGAAAAUGGGAAGAAAUUACUUGGGGGGUGUUCUAGAUCUGAUUUUUUUUUUUUUUUUUUGAAAGUUUCAGCCUAUGGGAGGAAAAGAGGUAUCUUUUAAAAUAGAGAUAGUUACAUAUUUUUCCUCUUCUAGGCUGUGUCACUAUUGGGUGCAAGGAUAUCAUUGUUGGCUAGAUUCAUUUUGUAUAAUCAUGUAUCCUCUUGAGUGCUGGUAGAGAUUUUAAUCCUGAUUUUUCCGUAAAACGAACUCCUUGCCUUUGCCGAUUGGAAGCAUUAACAAUUUCAUCCUUUCUACGUGACUGUACAAUGUGAAUAGACUCCAAGUGUCUAUCAAGAGCAGUAGAGAUAUUGGCAUGAAGAAGAGAACUCCGAAGACGUUCCAUUUUGCCUAGUAAAGUCACAACCUGAGGGAAGCAUUUUAAAUUUUGAUAAGACAUGUCCUGCCAUUAAGUAAAAACAAAUCUUCAGUGAAGCAGAAUAGAGAUGACAGCAAUAAUAUUCAUUCAAUAAAUCAAAGAAUGCUUACUGUGUCCUGACACCAUGCUGGGGGAAACAAAAAUGGAAAGUGUUUUCUAUCUACUUGUCUAUGUUAAUUCUAAAAAUAUGUGGUAGUUGAUUACUGAAAAUAAGCAUCAAUGAAAAUGUUAAAUAUUCAAACAUUACCAUGUCAUUAACAGUGCAAAUACAAGAUCUGAUACUGUUUUUGACAAAUAAGAGACCAGCCUGCAAACAGCAUUGUUAGGAAGUAUUGUAAUCUAAUGGAAAAAGUUUUGAGCUAAAAAGAGAAGUACUUGACUGAUUAAUCCUGACCUCAACAAGUCUUUAAUUUUUCUGGGCCUCCAAUGUUCCCUUUUUGGAAAUCAGAAAUAUUCAGAUAGUAAUACUGACUAGUGAUAGCUUUAAGGAAUCCAUAAUACAGAAAAUACUGAUUUAAAUUUACAUUAAAAUAAUACAAAAUGACUCCUGUAACUGUCAAAACUGCUAAAGAAAAUUAGGAUGCUUCUCAAUCCUCUGGAUAAUGAAACUUAAAAAAGGGCACUGAUAUAUUAGGUCAGUAGGGGGAGUAUGUUUCAUAUGCCUAACUUGUUUCAAAUUCUAAACUUGGAAAGUACAUGGAAAGAGAACUUUUUGAAUAAUUGCAAUUUGAAGAUCAAGUAAAUACAAUAAUUAUCUUUGGGAGUUAAAUGAUUUAACAAUUGAUAGUAGAACUUGGUGUUCACUGACUGGAGAAUAUAGGGGGAAAAAGCUUCUCAAGAAACUAAUGGCACUGGAAUUAAUGUUUCUCUAACCUCAAACUCGUAUUAAGUUUCUUCAUAGUAAGUCUAUUCCGUAUGUUAAAUAUUUUCCUUUCAACUGUGUAUCAGCCAGAUCCUUCAGGGGAAAACAAAACACACUAAAAACACCUCCAGGGAACUACUAAUUAUUUUUAAGUAAGACAAUCAAUUUGAGCAAA